AUGUCGGAUUCAGACUCCGAUCCUGACCAUGGAGGCGAAUGCCAAAUCAAAAGGCGAAAGAAAUACGUGACAAAUGACACGCUUAUCACCUUUCGUCCAUCUGAGGAGAUUUUUAGAAAGUGGCGCAAUAUCCCUGAAGAUGUCAGAAAACAAGCUGCGCAGAGGAUGAAGGUGUGUUCCUUCUGGCUUCCCAUUCUUCUGCAGCCGGACGAUACCACCACCUUCGCAUGGGGAGUCGAUGUCGGUUUAAUCAACCCCAUAAACAGUGAAAAGCUAACGCUGCAACACCUGAACAAUAUCGAAAUAGUGGAAGUGAUCCUCCAAGGCAUGGAGACCGGCACUAUAACAAAGGACCAUCCCAGACAUGUUAUCGCCAUAAGCAACAUGUUUAAUCUGCGUUCUAAAGAGGUUUUUGAGCAUGCUGUGCGCUAUCUGGAGCGGGCCGGAGACCACGGCGUCGUUCAGCGCAUGAAGGACCUGGGCCGCGACCUGAUCUGCUUCACAGCCCUCCACCUCAUCUUCACAGAGUUUGCCAAGUUUAUUCAGGAAAUGGGUAGCAACAUGGAGAGGACUCUAAAAGCCCUGAACGCCAAACCAGCUGACUAUCUUAUAGAGAAAAGCGAUGAUAUGAGGAUAAAGGGCAAUGACAGCUUCCAGAAACAGCAGUAUGAAGAAGCUAUCAAGUUUUACUCCAAAGCUGCCAAAUAUUACCCUGAUAACCACCUAAUUUAUGGAAACAGAGCCCAGUGUUAUCUCCGCUGUAAGGAGUAUCUAAAAGCGGUUGGUGAUGGAAAGCGGGCCAUUCUUAUCAAACCAUCCUGGGCAAAGGGUCACUACCGUUUCGCUGAAGCCUGGUUCUAUCUGGGAGAAGUGAAACUAGCUUUUCAAGCCAACUGUUCGGCCAAGUCACUGUUCAGAGAUGACCAGGAGAAACUCAAAGAGCUGGAACAGCAACACAAUAAAUUCCUUUCGGAGCUUAAAUCCUCGGAACAAGCACCGUAUCCUCAAAAGUUAAAAGGGGGUCUAAAACGACCGCAUUCAGCAAAAAACAGUGCCAAGACGGAUUCACUAUCUGGCAAAGCUGAGAAGGGAACAGAGUCUAAAAUGGGCAAAAAGACAGGUAAAAAUGAAAAGAUCACACAGCCCGAGGUCAACGGCAAAGACCCCAAACCAUCAAAAAGUGAGAACGGAGAGUCCAACGCUUCAGCGAAAAAGAAGUCAAAGAGCAGAGUCCCUCUGGCUGAGGAUGCGGAGCCGGCCGACAGUAAAAGCGACGUGGUUACAGAUUUCCGGUCCAGAGUGCAGGACGCCUUCACGGCCCUGUACGACCAGCGGAGCCGCAACGCCGAGCAGGCCUUCAGCCAGGCCCUGGACCGCCUGGAGUCCAAGACUCCCACGCUUUCUGAGGAGCUUGGCCUGUCCACUCUGGAUGAAUUGUUGUUGCUAUAUGGACGGGCAUCAGCCCUGACAGAAAUUGGUCAGCCUGAGGAACUCUCACAAGCCCUGAAAGUCUUGGAAAAGAUCAAGUCGUACGAGGAGCGCACUUUUCAGUGUCUGGUUUACUACGCUAUCGGCCGGGUGUAUCUCAGGGAAAACAGGUUUGCCGAUGCUCUGCAGCAGUUUUCAGACUCUCUGCAGAUGUCGAGGAAUCAAAUAACACCGGGUAAACUCACCUGGCCUUUAACAAAGGACAUCGUCAAAGAAACUCAGCCCGAGUAUUUCCAGGAACUUCUGGAGAGCGCUAUAGAGCUGUGCAAAUUUCCCCCCGUUCCUGAUGCCAUUUGUCGUCUUCAGAAGUGCCUGUACCCUUAUAAAAGUGAAAUCUACUUCACUGACCCAGAUUUUAAGGGCUACAUUCAGAUAUACUGCUGCCAGAGCUGUCGGGUUGAGUUCCACAUCAGCUGCUGGAAGAGCCUGAAGGCAACCAGCUUCACUGAAAAGAACGAAAAGGAAAUUCUUCAAGAACCAUGUUUGACUCCAGAUUGCAUUGGCCAAAUCAGUAGUAUCAAAAUCUUUGGGCCUACAGGCCUGGUAAAAUGUAAGUUUGAAACUGUGAUCCCCAAAAAGCAGCUUCCAAAGAAGCUGAGAGUGAACCAGAAAUGCACAAGCAUAAAGAAGUUAAAAUUAAAGGAGGAGCGCAAGCUGAGGAGGAAGCAGCACAAACAGACUUUCCAGGAAAAGGAACCCAUCAGUGAUGAGAGCACACCACAGAGAGACAACUCGGUCGUCCAGGCUGAGCAAAAAGCCUGGUUACUGUACAGGGAUCGAGUUCUCCUGCAGAUCAGCCAAAACGUGGAUCUUCUGAGGGAGGAGAGGGGCCUCCGGGUGUCUGCGCUCGCCACCAGCCUGAAGCCCUGGCUGGAGCUGGACCUGUUUAAGGGAAAUCCCAUCGCCGGGAGGCUACUGAACUGGCAGGAGGAGGGGCUGGAGACUCUCGGUCAGGCUGUGGAGCUGCUGCUGGAGAGGAACAACAGGGUCUGGGCUCGAGUCUUCAUCCAGCAGCUCAGUAGCUGUGUGGAUGUCAAUCCCAAACUCAGAAGCUGGGCAGGCCAGCUCGACGAAGCCGGUCUGAACGCAGCCAGAUCUUUUGUGGAACGCUACACGGGGCAGUUGGAACAGCUGGACCUGAGUCUUCUUCUGAACUUUGGACCGAUGGAAGCGAUGAUUAUAGAGAAACUUGAGAUUAAACCUGAGUUUUUUUCAAGCAUUGGUUUCACAUUGACUGAUUAUCUAAAACAAGCCACGGAACAUGAUGUGAGACUCUUUAUCUGGACUUUGGAAGAACAUAGAGAAGAAUAUGUCUCUUGCCACCCUAUACUGGAUGAAUAUUUUGAUAUGAUGGACGGACAUUGUUCAGUCUUAAAAAAAUCUGAUGAAAAUAAUUCUCCUAUACGAGGUAAGAGUCGAGCCCGGAAAAAGAAACACAAAGAGCCAAAGGGUGUUGUUGUUUUUCCUGGGUUGAGAGGACUAACUCCGAGAGAGGACAGCGAGCAGGACUUUUUUGAAGAUGACUCUUUAUCAUUCCUUCAUCCUGCCGACCCGUUCACGGUUCCCAGUUACCUCAGAGAGCAAGUGGCUGAUUUUGAGGACCAGUACAACAGAAUCCACCACGGAACACACCUAAAAAAGAUUUUGGACAACCACCCUGACACAACAAAAGAGUGUUUGUAUGACUACUUUGCUCAGAUCUUGGAAGAGCAUGGCCCCCUGUCCCCUGAGGACCCUCUGCUGGUGGGCGAGCUGCAGCAUUUCCCCGCUGAGGCCCAGCGGAAGUUUCAAGACGCGGGGGGCUUCGAGCCCUUCCUUCUGGAAUCUCUUCGUUUUGUGAAGAUGGGGAAGCGUGUCGGCCUGGCCCAUCACGCCGUUUCCCUGCAGCAGGUUGACCACAACGCGACGAGCCUGGACGACCUGGAUGAAAUAGCCGAUCCCGAGUAUUCUUCUACCUCUCCUCCGGAUUUUUAUAUAAGCGACGAAAUGGAUUUCACAAGCCAUUGUGAGGGAUAUUACCCUGAAGCCUAUCCCAUUCUUCCAAAUCCAUACACGCUUCCUGCCACGUAUGGCUUCUACCCAGCAGGGAAUGAGCCUCCCUACCACUGGAACGAUGGUUCCAUCCCCUUUUUGCCUAGUAGCUAUGAUGACCAGUAUGCCUUUGAGGCCGAUGACGCGUAUUUUGGAAGUGGUCAAGCCUCAUCUGUCGCUUCGUUGCCAACCAAAGAGGACGUUUUGAAAAGAGACGCCGCAGUGCAGACGUGUAAGGACGCCAGUAGGACUGUGGCGGUUAACACAGAGCUUCUGGAGCCCUUUGAGAGAAGCCCGGGUGACAUCAAUAAAAAGGAGAAGAGCAACAAGAAUAUGGAGAAUCAGAUCAGGAACAUGGCUAACGGCAGUAACAGUCUAUCCAAAAUCCAAGCCAGACUAUCCAAAAAAGAAGAACUGGUUUCACUUGAGAACAACGUAAAGAGAAUCACCACGAACAUCCAAGUGACCAACAAAGAGCUAGUGAUGUUCCAGCAGAAGCUGGAGGAGGAGGUGAAAAAGGACCAGAAGGAGAAGAAAGCCAACCAGGAGGUGCUGAAGUCCCUGAAGACGGAGAUUGAGCAGCUGGUGGAGGAGAAGGCGAGCCUCACCCGGAGCAUCCAGGAGAGAAAAAGCCGCUACGACGCCAAGCUGAACGAGUUCCUGGAGUACAGCCGGGACCAGGAACUGUACGACCUCCACCGGGAGCUGGCAGACGGCAAGUUUCUACUGGCCAAACUGGACGAAGCGCUUCACAGAAUCCCGAAUAAGGACCUGGAAGCGGCCAGGAACGGUUGCAGGGCCAAAGUCGAAGAAAUUGAGAGGAGCAUUACUGCUGCUCAGAAGCGGUUCCAGGAUCAGCUGGAGGAGCUGAAUAACAGGAUGAGAGGCUGUGAGGCGUUACCUGUCAGAGGCACUAACCAAAACCAGUCCGAGCACGCAGCUGCUCCACUAUCUGCGGCAGCCCAAGGGUUUGUCCCUCAGACCUCAGCGCGGGCGUCCGGGGGCUCCCCCGCCCCCCCCCAGCUCUCCUCGCCCCCGGCCCCCAGGGCCUCGGCCUCUCCGGGCGGGGCCCAGCACCGAGCGGGCCCCCGCAGGCCGGAGCCCCCCCACAGCAGCGUCUUCGACAAAGCCAUGGAGACGCUGGCCUCCAUGUUCCCCACCCACUCCAGGUCGGACCUGAAGAGAUACAUCCAGGAGUACCGCGCGUCCAGAGGGACCCUGAGCAGCAUGACUCUGCAGGACGUGGUCGGUGGGGUCACCCAGACCAUCCUGGACCAUCAGGAGAGGCAGGGCUCUGCCAGGGCCGGCGUCGUUGGCCGGGGGAGCCCCUCCCAGCGCGGCAGCCCCCCUCUGGCCAGCUCGCUCCCGGUCUGGCAGCCGGUCACUCACCAGAGGCCCAAAGCAUGCAACGCGCUCAACAUGGAUGACCCGUGCAUCAUCUGCCACGAGGACAUGAGUCCGGAGGAAACCUGCGUGCUGGAGUGCAGACACAGCUUCCACGAGGAGUGCAUCCGGUCCUGGCUGAAGGAGCAGAGCACCUGCCCCACCUGCAGGAACCACGCCCUGCUGCCCGACGAGUUCCCCGCCCUGUCGGGAAAACGCCGCCAAGCCCCCUGA